GGCGGACCUGGAUCCUGGGCUGUGGGCUCCCGGGAGGAUGAAGCAGGCCCUGGUAGAUGAUACCGAGGACGUGUCCCUGGACUUUGGCAAUGAAGAGGAGUUGGCCUUUAGGAAAGCCAAGAUCAGGCACCCCCUGGCCACCUUUUUCCACCUGUUUUUCCGAGUGAGUGCCAUCGUCACCUACGUGUGCUGUGACUGGUUCAGCAAGAGCUUUGUGGGCUGCUUCGUCACCGUGCUGCUCCUCCUGUCCUUCGACUUCUGGUCUGUGAAGAACGUGACGGGGAGGCUCAUGGUGGGCCUCCGGUGGUGGAACCAGAUCGACGAGGACGGGAGGAGUCACUGGAUCUUCGAGGCCAGAAAGGCCUCUCCGAGCAGCACGGCUGCCACGGAGGCCGAGGCGCGGAUCUUCUGGCUCGGCCUCAUCAUCUGCCCCGUGAUCUGGAUCCUGUUUUUCUUCAGCACCUUGUUCUCCCUGAAGCUCAAGUGGCUGGCCCUCGUCAUAGCCGGGAUCUCGCUCCAAGCCGCCAACCUCUACGGCUACAUCCUCUGCAAGAUGGGAGGCGAGAGUGACAUCACCAGAGUCACGGCCAGUCUCCUGUCCCAGACCGUGUUCCAGACGGCGUACCUGUCACCAGAGGCAGAGAUGGCCUAGACGGGGUUCCGUGGUCAAGGG